GGGAGGAGGAACAUCUGUGACAAAACACAGCAGCAUCUGCUGCACUGUUAGCUAUUUGAGAAUGAGAGGAGUUGAAGUUUAGGGGUUUUGUUUUCAAAGUCUAGAUGUGUUCACUUCGAUAUUUUACACUUGUUCAAUUUACUUCCACAGUUGUUACAUUGGUACCACAGACCUCUUCGUAGUCACGGAGCAGCAGAUAAGCAGCAGCACAUGGAGAAGAAGACGAGUAUAGCCUCGGCACAAGCUGAGCAAGGAAAAUCUUCCACCUCGCCUCCUCGCUCUCAAAUCCUGCGCUCCUCUCCCCCGCCACCUUCUGUUAAGGAUGGAGAUGAACUACAAAUUGAUGACGGACAAGGAAGACCCCUGGGUCCCACUCCAAGCCAAAGUCGCUUUCAGGUAGACCCGGUGUCUGAAACUUCCCGAGAUUCGUCUUCUUGGGACCAAGAAGGAAUAGCACCCGUUGCUGAUGGCCUCACUCAUAGGGGUCGAGGAAGCUCUGGUGGAGAGGAGGCUAAAGGACGGUUUAGAGUAAAUUUUGUGGACCCGGCAGAUCCUGAGGGGAGCUCUCCUGAGAUGCCAAGUGGGGAAGGAGGUGGCGGGGUAAGCUUUCAGAAUGGAGAUACAGUACUUAGCGAAGGUAGUGGAACUGGUCAUCACUAUCACUAUGAUACUCAUACUAAUACUUAUUACCUGCGGACUUUCGGGCACAACACGAUCGAUGCUGUGCCAAGGAUUGAUCACUACCGACACACAGCUGCAGACCUUGGGGAGAAGCUGCUGAGACCCAGCUUGGCAGAGCUGCAUGAUGAAAUUGACAAGGAACCAUUUGAAGAUGGUUUUGCAAAUGGAGACGAAGGGACACCAACUGGAGAUGCUGUGACCAACCAUGUUGCAGAAAGUAAAGGAGUGGUGAAAUUUGGUUGGAUCAAAGGUGUACUGGUACGAUGCAUGCUGAAUAUAUGGGGUGUGAUGUUAUUCAUCCGGUUGUCGUGGAUUGUUGGACAAGCUGGAAUCGGUUUAAGCAUUGUAGUCAUUGCAAUGGCCACUGUGGUGACUACUAUUACCGGAUUGUCUACUUCAGCCAUCGCUACAAAUGGGUUUGUAAGAGGAGGAGGUGCAUACUACCUAAUUUCUCGAAGUUUGGGACCAGAAUUUGGAGGUGCUAUAGGACUAAUUUUUGCAUUUGCAAAUGCUGUUGCUGUUGCUAUGUAUGUGGUGGGAUUUUCCGAAACUGUUGUGGAAUUACUGCAGCAAAGCAAUGCUGUGAUGGUGGAUGAAAUAAAUGACACCCGAAUCAUUGGUGCAAUAACUGUUGUUCUUCUGUUGGGUAUCUCUGUAGCAGGCAUGGAGUGGGAAGCAAAAGCUCAGAUAGUACUGCUGGUGAUAUUGUUGCUGGCAAUUUGUGACUUCUUUAUAGGAACAGUCAUUCCCAUGGAGGACAAGAAGGCUACAGGAUUCUUUGGUUAUAAAGCGGAAAUAUUCAGUGAAAAUUUUGGACCAGCUUUUCGAAAUGAUGAGACAUUCUUUUCCGUCUUUGCCAUUUUUUUUCCUGCUGCAACUGGUAUCUUAGCAGGAGCCAAUAUCUCAGGUGACCUCGCGGACCCUCAACUAGCCAUACCUAAAGGAACCCUUCUGGCCAUUCUUAUAACGACUUUAGUCUACAUGGGAGUUGCAGUAUCUGUGGGUUCAUGUGUUGUACGUGAUGCAUCAGGGAAUGUUAAUGACACCCUUUCUGCGGCCGUGACAAACUGUACAGAUGCAGCUUGUUCAUUAAACUACAAUUUCUCAUAUUGCAAACCUGAAUGUCCAUAUGGACUCAUGAAUAACUUCCAGGUCAUGACCAUGGUGUCUGGGUUUGCACCACUUAUUACAGCUGGAGUCUUCUCUGCUACUCUCUCUUCUGCUCUUGCCUCAUUAGUGAGUGCACCAAAGGUCUUUCAGGCCUUGUGCAAGGACAACAUUUAUCCUGGUCUUCAAGUGUUUGCCAAGGGAUAUGGCAAGAACAAUGAACCACUGCGUGGCUAUCUCCUUACAUUCCUAAUUGCACUGGGAUUCAUAUUAAUUGCUGAACUAAAUGUGAUUGCUCCUAUCAUUUCAAAUUUCUUCUUGGCAUCAUAUGCCUUAAUAAACUUCUCUGUGUUCCACGCUUCACUUGCCAAGUCUCCAGGUUGGCGUCCAGCCUUCAAAUACUACAACAUGUGGGUAUCACUCAUCGGCGCCCUCCUUUGCUGUGGCGUCAUGUUUGUCAUCAACUGGUGGGCAGCACUUUUAACAUACGUCAUAGUGAUUGGAUUGUAUAUAUACGUUACCUACAAGAAGCCAGAUGUGAAUUGGGGAUCUUCAACACAAGCCUUGACCUAUCUGAAUGCACUACAACACACUAUCCGGCUGGCCGGUGUGGAAGACCAUGUGAAAAACUUCAGGCCGCAGUGUCUUGUUUUGAGUGGUGCACCAAGUUCACGGCCAGCUCUUCUACAGCUAGUUCAUGCCUUUACGAAGAAUGUUGGUUUGAUGAUCUGCGGGCAUGUGCAUAUGGGUCCUCGUAGACAAGCCCUAAAGGAAAUGCUUACAGAUCAAGCAAGAUAUCAGCGAUGGCUUAUUAAACAUAAAACGAAAGCUUUCUAUUCUCCAGUGCAUGCAGAAGACUUGCGGGAUGGAGCCCAAUAUCUCAUGCAGGCUGCUGGGUUAGGACGUAUGAAACCAAAUACUCUCGUUGUUGGCUUUAAGAAAAACUGGCUUCAGUCUGAUAUGAAAGAAGUGGAAACCUACAUUAACCUAAUGCAUGAUGCAUUUGACUACCAGUAUGGUGUAGUUGUUAUCCGACUCAGAGAAGGCUUAGAUAUUUCACAUCUCCAAGGACAAGAGGAAUUACUGUCAUCUCAAGAGAAGUCACCUGGUGUCAAAGAUGUGAUCGUAAAUGUAGACUACAGUAAAAAGGCUGAGGCAGAGUCUUCGAAACAGUUCUCAAGUGACACAAGUCCUAUGAUGAGAAAAGAUGAUGAAGACGAUGGGAAAACACCUACACAACCUCUUUUGAAAAAAGGCUCCAAAGGACGAGGUGUAGCUCUAAAUACUACAGACCAGAAACUUCUGGAUGCCAGUUUACAGUUCCAGAGAAAGCAAGGCAAAAGUACCGUUGAUGUGUGGUGGCUCUUUGAUGAUGGAGGUCUUACAUUGCUGAUACCUUAUCUGUUUACUACAAAAAAGAAGUGGCGUGAUUGCAAGAUCAGAGUUUUUAUUGGUGGAAAAAUAAACAGGAUAGACCACGACCGCAGAGCGAUGGCAACGUUACUUAGCAAGUUCAGGAUUGACUUCUCUGAUAUCGUGGUCCUCGGUGAUAUCAACACAAAGCCAAAGAAAGAAAAUGUUGCAGCCUUUGAGGAGAUGAUUGAACCGUUUAGACUUCAUGAAGAUGAAAAAGAACAAGAUGUAGCUGACAAAAUGAAAGAAGAAGAACCAUGGAGAAUAACAGAUAAUGAGCUAGAGCUGUACAAAACAAAGACACACCGACAGAUCCGGUUAAAUGAGUUGUUGAUGGAGCACUCAAGCACAGCCAGCGUCAUUGUCAUGAGCCUUCCAGUUGCAAGAAAAGGCACAGUGUCCAGUGCACUUUACAUGGCUUGGAUAGAGGCGCUUUCUAAAGAUCUCCCACCGAUCCUACUUGUCCGUGGAAAUCACCAGAGUGUCUUAACAUUCUAUUCCUAAGUGCUGCCAGCUGCAGAGCCUGAAGUGGUACUUCGGCGGCUGGAGCGCUAAGUAUCAUUGCAUUCUCUGAACCCUAGAAUGUCUUUCUCAAUUAAAGAGACUUGAAGGCUCACAGAAGAAAGUAACUAAUUCCAGGCUUGAGAAAAUUUUGCAGUUGCACUGCUUCUGUUACAUGACCGGUGGAUCUUGGCUUCAUAAGGGAGAUUCCUAUGUAUGGGACUCAAAUACAUGGAAGUUUAUUUCUUUGCUACUUGAACAGCAGCAAUAAAAGUGUGUUUGUUUUUAUUUUGACCAGUGAAAGGAUUCUAGAUUUGUAAAAAAGAAAAAACAACAACAAAAAAAGCCUUUAGCCUUGAGGUGCCUUUUUGAAAAUUAACCAAACGUCAUCCAUACCCCCAUUUAUUUUUUUUAUAUAAAUCUUGUAUAGAAUGUACAAUCUGCCUUUCAGCUAGGACUUUAGAUCAAAAA